AUGGAAGGCCAUGAUUGGGAGAAGUUAGAACGCACCGUGCGCGAGAUUCGCGACAAUACCGUCACCGCACGCUCACGCGCCACGUACCAGAACUCGUACUGCCGUUUCCUCGCUUGGCUUGUCCGCAACAAGCCGCACCUCGCACCCCAGCCAUUUCUCGAAGCCCUCGCUACGCGGCUUGAUACUGUCCAGGACAUCAUAUCAGAGCUGGAGAAGAGGGCUAUCGGAGCAGGGGCAGUUACUUACGACGGGCUGAAUGACGCUAUUAGGGCAUGCCUUCGUGAUACCGGUGUUGCUGGCCUUGUUGAGAAGCUAGCAAGUGCGCAGGAGCCGGUCGUCGAGGCUAGUGGUGCAGAGGCCGAGCGCCAGAUGUGCCACUUCUGGGGUGGCAAAUUCCGUCGCGUGCCUGCUGAUUUUGGGAUCCCUGACUGCUCUGUUCGUCAUGCAUGGGUGCUUUGGAUGUCCAGCUCCGCUUUCUCAUGCGCAUCUAAAAAUCUGCUUCAACUUGGCCAGUCCAUCGACGCAGCGACUCAAGUCUUCUUAGCCUGUGCAGAUAGCGUCACCGUGGACGAUAUUACGGAACACUCACGAAAACGCCGUCGUGGGCAACUCAGCUGGGCGACAGUAGGAAAGCUACUGCGGAAAAAAAGCAAAAAGAACAGUCAACUAAUGAUGAUCCAUAGCAAUGAGAACAAUCAUGACGCGCUUAUGAGAACCACGUUAUUUGCAUUUGAUAUUACCAACUGCUCAUUGCUGCUCAGCUCGUGUAUAGCCUCGUUGAUUGCUGAAUAGGGGCAUGGGGAGCAAUGAUAGCUCGGUCUUGACCAGCGCGCCCUUGAGCCCCACGAUGUCCGUGCGUGUGGUGCUCUUCGGAGGUGAUCGUGAACACGAGCAGCUCUUGUGCCACGCGCAGCUUCUCGGUCACCUUCGCGCGCAGUUUGAGGUCCUCGAUGUGCACAUUCUUGUGGCUGCGCUAGCCGUCCUUGUCCUGUUCUCCUGAGCGAGCCGUGGUCUUGAUGGGCGCGAAGUGGCGCGUGUGUUUGGGCUAUCGAUGAUGAUGGUGCUGGCCUAGUCGUCCUGCAAGUUCAUGAGCUCGUUGACCAUCAAGUGCUUGCGGUUCACGACCUUGCCCAUGGUGCCGCCGACCCUGAUGAGCUCGCCGACUUCCCUGAGAUUAAAGGUCAUUGAGAGCUUACCUGGCAAACGUUGCUGAAGUAACUGCGCGGGCGCGGCGCGGUCGCCACCAGCAGCGUCUUGCACGUCGCCGGGGCCUAGCACAUGUCGGCACUUGCAAUCAGUAGGGGAAGCACCGAAGAGCUCUGUGUCUUGC